GUGUCUGUUUUGACAUCACAGGAAGUGACUUUACUUAUACUAACUGCCCAGAAAGAAAUGCUUCACUUUGAUCCACAGUUGCAGUCACUGUACCACCCAGUUCCACACAUCUACCUGUUUUCAUGCCUGCAGGGACGUCUUUUUUUAUGCACUUCAGCACUGAGGGCAGAAAGGAGGGGAAUGCAGCCAGAAUGGAGAGCAAGACAAUGACCCCUAAAAGAGACUGCAGUGUCCAGUGCCUGCAGUUUUACUACUAUCACAGUGGUAAUGAGUCUGACCAGCUCAACAUCUGGAUCCGAGAGUACCAGAAUGAAGCAGACAACAGAGGAACUCUCAGACUUAUGGAUCAGAUCACAGAACUCCCUGGUAAUUACUGGAAGCUGCAUCACGUGUCACUGAAUGCAAAUAAAACCUUCCAAGUUGUAUUUGAAGCCCGUAAAGGAGCUGGAAACUCCAGUGGAGGCUUUUCACUGGAUGAUAUCAAUAUUUCAGAGACUGAGUGUCCCCACACAUGGCAGAUAAGGAACUUUUCAAUAAUGGAAUAUUCAAUACAUUACAGUCCAUUGUAUUACUCUAGUGAUGGCUAUCGCUUUCAGGCUGCAUUAGUAGUGUAUCAGAGUUUUCUUGGCAUGUAUGUUGGUCUGGUAUCUGGUGCAUAUGAUGACCAGUUGCAGUGGCCUUGUCCAUGGAGACAAAUAACCUUCCAGAUGCUUGACCAGAAUCCACACAUACAGAAGCGCAUGUCCUCUGAACAAAGCAUCACCACUGACCCUACUUCAAUUUCUUCCAGUGAGAAUCCUAUUAUUUUUCUCUCACAUCACGUUUAUAUGCAGAAUUUUAUUUAGCUAAAGAUCAAAUACAUUGUUAUCUCUAACUUUAAAGGGCUUUUUAAAAGACAUAUUUUGUUGUAACAGAUGGCAGAUAUUACUGGGACAAUCCUCGAAAAAAUGGAACUCGAGUCACCAUUGGCAAUGAG